GCCGAGCGCUGUGGAGGUUCUGCCUGUGGAAGUGUGUGGAAGUGCUGCUGAUUUUUACACUUUCCUCCAUCCCUUUUUUCUCUGGAAUUACUUUACCUUUACUCCCAGACCUUGAGGAACCAUGCUGAUCCUACUCUGUGGAAUCAUCUUCCUGCACGUUGCAGCCAUAGCACUGCUGUUUGUGUCCACUAUCGUCAGUGCCUGGACUGUAAACCCCACCAGCAGUGGAGACCUGUGGGUCAACUGCACCUCAUCCAAUGGGGCCUACAACUGUGAGACGCUUGAAACUGGAGUAUGGAUUCAGGUGGUCCAGGCUCUGAUGAUCCUGUCAAUCAUCUUCAGCUUCCUGUCCCUUUUCCUGUUUUUCUGCCAGCUCUUCACUCUGCAGAAGGGCGGUCGCUUCUUCCUCACCGGAACUUUCCAGAUCCUUGCCAGUCUUUUCGUCAUGAGUGGAGCGAUCAUCUACACAAUAAUGAGUCCGGAAUGGACCGCCCCAUCCGAUUCCUUCGGCUUCGCCUACAUCCUGGCCUGGGUGGCAUUCCCUCUGGCGUUCAUCAGCGGGUUAAUCUACGUCAUCUUGAGGAAACGAGAAUGAAGUGGCGCCCCCUAGCUCUGGCCACCAGAAGUCUAAGCUCUGAAGCUAAAGUACCGCACUGCAUCCACAGACCAGAUUCUUGUGACGGCCGAUAUCCACACAUGGAACCCACCACGACGCCCACCGAAAAUAAGAAAGACAUAUAUAACACUCAAUACUGUCAUGAUUUGAAGAUGUAUAUAGUAUCUAUGGUUUAAAACCUAUUUAUAACACUUUUUACAUAUAUGUACAUAGUAUUGUUGUGUUUGUUGACAAAGAACCUCUUAAGAGCUUUUUGUUUUAGCUAAUUAAGUGCCUAAAGUGUGUGUUUGUCAGAGGUUAGUACACUAUUAGCCAUAUUGUGUGUCUAUUUUAUUUUCUUAUACUGCCAGAAUAAGGUUGUUUGAAGUAUUUUAACCAAAGAGCAUGUAUUAAAUAUAGAGUGUUUUAAAUGAAACAGAGAAGUUCUAGAAAUAGAACUAAUAUAGUAAUACGACUAUUGAGGCAAAUCGAGGAGCUAUUCUUGGGCAAAUAGAAUAGAAUUGUUGGCCAUUUCCUGCUUCUAUGAUAAAUAAUUUUAAGUUUAUUUUUUUUUAUCAUUAUUUUUAUUCAACAAAAUGGUGCUAUGUAUUUACCAUUCCUAUAGCCAUGUUUUAGCCUUUAUCUAGCCAGAUAGGAAAUUUAAUUCAAGCAGACGCCUAGGAGUAGAGAUGAGAUGCACAUGUGCCUACCUGCUUCUGUACAUAGCCUACCAACCUACUUACCAAAACGACUCAUUUUGUAAAUUAAUAAAAACAUGUUUUAAUUAAUGUAAAACUUGAUUUUAAGUUUGGCGAUUGGUUUCUGACGGCUUAGUAGACAUAGCUGGUAGAGGUCAGUGGUAUUAACAUAUAAUAAUGUAUUUAUAUUUUAAUCUGAGAGUACAGUGGUAGGAUUUCUGAGAUUUAAUUCAAUAUCAGGUCAGUUUUUUUUUAUAUAGGUACCACUUAAAAAUAAGUCUUCUUUAUAAAGGGUUUAUAAAUAGGUUAUAAAUGUGUUUAUUAAUGGUGUGUUAAUAAAUGAACCCUUUCAGACCUGAAUCAAUUCCAGUGGAAUGGAAAAUUAUAAAAACUGUAAACUAAACAUGAUAAAAACUCAAAAAAAUCUAAAACACUUAAAAUUAUUAUUAUUAUUCCCCCCCCCCCCAAUGCAGUAGGAGGGGCUAAGCUACCAUUUCAUUGGCUUGUAAACUUGUUUAUUGGCUGGUUCACAUUCUAUUCUGAUGGAUAUCAGCUGUCAAAUAUGUUUUAUGUGCAUAAAAACUUUAAAACAAGAAAAUAUAUGGUGUCCAAUAUAAUGGAUGCAGGGUCUGAAUGGGUUUUUUAUUUUAUUUUAAAUACUUAGAUUAAUAAACAUUAUUUAUGCACUUACAACCUAUAAAUCGACAGAACAGAACAGUGACAAUGACUUAUAUUGAACAUAUGUAAUAAAAUAAUAUUGAUUUUAAGUUUGGCGAUUGGUUUCUGACGGCUUAGUAGACAUAGCUGGUAGAGGUCAGUGGUAUUAACAUAUAAUAAUGUAUUUAUAUUUUAAUCUGAGAGUACAGUGGUAGGAUUUCUGAGAUUUAAUUCAAUAUCAGGUCAGUUUUUUUUUAUAUAGGUACCACUUAAAAAUAAGUCUUCUUUAUAAAGGGUUUAUAAAUAGGUUAUAAAUGUGUUUAUUAAUGGUGUGUUAAUAAAUGAACCCUUUCAGACCUGAAUCAAUUCCAGUGGAAUGGAAAAUUAUAAAAACUGUAAACUAAACAUGAUAAAAACUCAAAAAAAUCUAAAACACUUAAAAUUAUUAUUAUUAUUCCCCCCCCCCCAAUGCAGUAGGAGGGGCUAAGCUACCAUUUCAUUGGCUUGUAAACUUGUUUAUUGGCUGGUUCACAUUCUAUUCUGAUGGAUAUCAGCUGUCAAAUAUGUUUUAUGUGCAUAAAAACUUUAAAACAAGAAAAUAUAUGGUGUCCAAUAUAAUGGAUGCAGGGUCUGAAUGGGUUUUUUAUUUUAUUUUAAAUACUUAGAUUAAUAAACAUUAUUUAUGCACUUACAACCUAUAAAUCGACAGAACAGAACAGUGACAAUGACGUAUAUUGAACAUAUGUAAUAAAAUAAUAUAGAAAAUCAAAUUAGACUUUUAGUAUGUUAUUACAGUUAAAUUAAUUCAAUUAAAUUUAAGUUAUUAACAGAAAUGUUAAAGCUGACUGAUUGAAAAGACAAAGUAAGAUCAGAAUCUAGUAGUAAGAUCUGAGGUUUAACAGUAUAAACGUAUGUGAAAUCACUAUUUGGUACAUGACAGGUCACUAUUCAACACUAUUCAUGUGUUGUAACUGCUUAUUAAUGGUUUAUAACCUAAUUUUUAACCAUUAAUAAACUCCUUUAUAAGCUAUUUAUAAACCCUGUAACACUUUCUAUGAAUGUCAUCUCUAUUAAACCCUAUACGACUCUAUAAACACAUUCAUAACAUGUUAUAAAGCAUUCAUAAGUCAUUAUAAGCAUGGCUAUACAUAUUUAUAAACCUUUUUUUAUCUAUCAUUAAUAAUCUAGUCCCACAAUGAAAGUAAUGUCACUUUACAUGGAGCGCACAUAAGAGACACAUACAUUAUAACAGUGAUUAUAAUUAAUAUUACAUUCAAUAUAGUUAGAGCAUUAUACAGAGUGUGUUUAUAAGUUGUUAUACACUGUAUAUGUUUUUAUAAUCUUUUUUUAGUUAUAAUGCAUAAUUCUGCAAAGCUGGGACUGAGUUUCUUGGUAUUGACGUAUAUAACAUGUUAUAAACACAGCUAUUUUAAUGCAUUAUGAUUACAGUUAUCACAUAAUGCAUAUAAAACUUUGCUUAUGUAGGGUUAUACAUUUUAUAAAAAAAAAUAUGUAUAAUCAUGUUUAUAAUGCCUUAUAAUGUGUUAUAAGUAUGUUCUGUAUAGAGUCUUACAUUCAUAGCCAUGAAUCUUAUAUUAUAAAUUAUAAAGGAGCUUUAUUUUAAAGUGGAAUAUAGCCAGGAGGGCAUUACAGCAUUACAUUAGCAGAUCCCACCAGGAAGGUCUAAACUGCUUUAUAUGGUCAUUUAUAUGGUGACUUGAAGAUAAUGAGGAGAAAGUGAUAAUGAAGAGAGUGUGAGUGCCUAUAAAUAUAUGUAUACUACAUUAAUCUGUAUUGUAAAUUUUUUAAACAUUGUGUCUUCAGCUAGCAAGAAAAACGCCAAAGAGAACCUAACACAAACCCUGUGAUAAUUAAACUUGCAGUUAAAUACAUUAAAACUGUAGUUCUGUAUGUACUGAAGUUUACUCUUAUUUUUUAUCGAUUUAAUUAAGGGAAUGGUAGAGCUUGUUCUGGUGAACGCUGCCUGCAGAUGUGACGUCGGUGUGUGAAAAGUGUGAACCUCGUGCGAAGUGUUUCUGUGCAGUUUUUGUUUUAGCGAAAUUCUGCUGAUACUUGAAGCGUAACAUGCUGACGACGUCUGCAAUAUCGAAUUGUGUUGAACUGUAUCCAGCUUGGGAGAUCAAAGUGAUCAAAGUGAUUGAUCAAAGUGCAUCGCAGUGUUGGAAUAAUAACAUACACUUGUGAACUUUCCCUUGUAAAGGACCAUGUAGGAGAAAUCUAUAGUCGGAUCCCUCUGCAAGAAAUAUAUUUAAAAAUAUAUAUAUAUAUAUAAAAAAACGGAACAGCACUGAAACCAACAAUAAAUCACCAUUAACUGAAUAAUA